ACAAUAGGGAUAAAUUCAUAAUAUAAAGAAUUUCACUAAGAAAUUUAAGUGGGUAUGUCAUUAUUUGCAAUACAACAAGCUGCAGAUGCAUGGAUAGUACAAAAUAUUACAGCAACAUAUCAAGCUGAUGAAAAUAUUAAGAAAGAAUGGUGGUUUCCAUUAGCAUGUUCAAUUUCAGGUACAGAAUUUAGAAAUUUACAAAAUUGGUUUAUUAAAGUCGAUAAAGACAAAUCUGGUACACUUGAACUUACUGAAUUAAGGAGUGCAAGAUGGCCAAAUGGAGUUAAAUUAGAUGAUGAAACAUGUAGACAUUUAAUGAGAAUAUUUGAUGUUGAUUUUUCAGGGUCUAUUUCAUUUUAUGAGUAUCUUGCAAUGAUGAAAUUUGUUGAAUUAACUACAUCAGUUUUUAGAAAAUAUGAUGUUGAUAAAAGUGGAAAUCUUGAUUUAAAAGAGAUUCAAACUGCACUUCCUGACCUUGGAUUUGAUCUUAAUACUAAAUCAUGUCAAGUUAUUACAAAAUUAUGUGGAAAAGGUUUGUUCUCUAAAAAGAUUCAACUUCCUCAAUUUAUUGGUUGUGCUGCUUAUCUUGGACAAAUUAGAACGAUUUAUCAACAUGGAUUUAAACAAGCACAAGGUGAUUUUAAUAGACCUGUUUUUGCUAAAUUCCUUAACUUAGUUAUGUCACUUGUUGAUGAUGCUUAAUCAUUUCAAUUGUUCUUCUUUA